CCGGAGCACGAAACAACCCCCAGGCACAAGCAGGAGUUUUUAGACAAGCCAGAAGAUGUUUUGCUGAAGCAUCAGGCCAGCAUCAAUGAGCUGAAACGGACCCUAAAGGAGCCCAACAGCAAGCUUGUUCACAGGGACCGGGACAGGAGGCUGCCUUCCUCACCAGCCUCUUCCUCACCCAAGCAUGAGGAUGAAACACCAAAGGGAACCCCAGAAAAGGCCAGCGAGAGAGCGGGCUUGAGGGAGGGCGCCGAGGAGAAAGCUAAGCCGCCUCGGCACAGGGCCCCCGAGAGUGACACCGGCGACGAGGAGCAGGACCAGGAGAAGGACUCAGUCUUUCUGAAGGACAACCACCUGGCCAUUGAGCGCAAGUGCUCCAGCAUCACGGUCAGUUCAACCUCCAGCCUGGAAGCAGAGGUGGACUUCACAGUGAUUGGUGACUUCCACGGCACAGCCUUCGAGGACAUCUCCCGGAGCCUGCCCGAGCUGGACAAGGACAAGAGUGAAACGGAAGAUGAAAGGCUGGUUUCCUUCCAGCACGUUGACAAAGUAGUUCCUAGACUCGAAGAGGAUGUCAAAGGCAGGGAGAAGGUCUCCCAGCCCGGCCCAGAUGUCUCCCAACAAGAGUCAUCAGCUCCAAAAACAGACGCUGUGACCGUUGGCCUGGGGCUGGGCAUGAAGAAGCCUGAAGCAGACGGCUCCGCUCCCCACCGGCUCAGCACCACAGACACAGCCCAGGUGGAUGGAGGCACCCCGGGCAGCAGGGACCCCACGACCACCACUAGCACCACAGAGACGGCACCGGCGACCUCAGAUCACGGGACCAAGGCUGGGAAAGGGGCUGUUUCUGCGACGGACCUUCGCUCCCUCUCACCUGUCCUGCAGAUCACCGCCGGGAAGGACGUGCUCACCAGCAUAUUCAGUGCCACCGCAGAAACCCUCUCCACUUCCACCACUACCCACGUUACCAAGACUGUGAAAGGAGGAUUUUCAGAGACCCGAAUAGAGAAGCGCAUCAUUAUCACAGGAGAUGAAGACGUGGACCAGGACCAGGCACUGGCUUUAGCAAUCAAAGAGGCAAAACUACAGCAUCCCGACAUGCUGGUAACCAAAGCUGUGGUAUACAGAGAAACAGAACCUUCUCCAGAGGAAAGGGACAAGAAGCCUCAGGUAGGUGGAGAAGUUCUCAGGUAUGAUUUCGACCUGCGAG